GCGUACAGUAAAGCGCGUAGGCACCGCAAUAGUGCCUUGACAGCCACCGGUAGUCGUGGAGAUGGCUACGCCAGCGGAGUCCUGCUGUGGACGUGGUGGUGGGUCCGCAGUGCGGUCCUGGUGGUGGCUCUCCGCGCUAUUGUUGUCCUCGCUUCCUGUGGCAAGGGCGCUGGUGGAGGGUCUGUACUGCGGUACCGAGGUCUGCUAUGACGUGCUCGGGGUCACACGGGAGGCCUCCAAGGCGGAGAUCGCUCGAGCUUACCGGCAGCUGGCUCGCCGCUACCACCCGGACCGGUUCAGACCAGGAGAGCCUGGGUCGGAGGGAGAGACUGUGGAGUCAGCCCACAGAAAGUUUCUGCUCGUUGCUACGGCCUACGAGACUUUAAAGGAUGAGGACACUCGUAGGGACUACGACUACAUGCUCGACCACCCUGAGGAGUACUACCAGCACUACUACACUUACUACCGCCGACAGCUCACUCCCAAAGUGGACGUCAGGAUCGUAAUCCUCGUCACCAUAUGUGCCAUCUCACUUUUCCAGUAUUACAGUUGGCACAGCAGCUACAACGAGGCCAUAAACUGCCUGGCGAACGUCCCCAAGUAUCGGAUCCAGGCCACCCUGAUUGCCAAGGAGCAAGGCCUCCUGAACCGGACCAAGGAGAAGGGCAAGAACCGGCGCGCCAAAGAGGAGAUCCGGGAGCAGGAGGAGGAGGUGAUCCGUGACAUAAUCAAAACAAAAAUUGACAUCAAAGGUGGCUACCAGAAACCCAACCUGUCAGACAUCCUGCUGUGUCAGAUAGUGUUGUUCCCCUACUACCUGAUCAGCUAUGUGGCCUGGUAUGUCUCCUGGGUUUACCACUUCACCAUCUGCAGGGAGGAGUACGGUGACCAGGAGAAGCUUUACAUAAUCAGGAAGCACAUGAAGAUCUCACAGUCUCAAUUUGACAGACUGGAUGAAGCCACCAGGCAGUCCUUCUUGGAAAAACACCUCUGGGUCAAAGAAAACUUUGAGCUUUACAGAGCAGAACAGGAAGAGGAGAUGAAGGUGAAAAUGGCCACCGACCCGAAGAUGAAGAGGUACAGACGCUGGAGGAAGAACGAAGGACCAGGGAGGCUGACUUUCGACGACUGACAGCCAUAAAUUGUGACGUGCCUCAAUGCCAACAUACAUGGAUCAUGCCAGUGACAUGUGUGGACAUACAUACAGACAAACUGUUUAUAUUGAGAAAUAUUUUCAUAGAAAUGAGGCCUCAUGCAAGGACAAUUAAGUGGAAUAAAGUGUAAGCUGCAGAGGA